AUGCUCCUUCUGACAACGGUAGCCGCCGUUUCCUUCCUUUUCGGCUCCGCGGAAGCCGUCACCGGAUUGGACGGCGUCUCUGUGGAGCACGACGGCGAAAUGUGCAGCAGGAUGUGCGUGGCGAACUAUUCGGAUGCGGUUGUGAGUGGGCGGAAAGGGGGAUCCUGUAGUUGGCGAGGGAUUUCAGGAGGAAUGCGAGUUCGGAUGCCAGCACCGGACGGGCAUUCGCGAGAGAAUCAAUCCGUUCAACACGUGCUUCAAUGCCUGCGAAGACCGUUUCAAACAGAACAUUCUGGAGAGAGCCAACGAGACGGAGUGGCUGAACAGAGCCUGGGAUGUCUGUCUUCACGCCUGCCAACUGCCUUAUAAAACUAAGAUUCGGGUUGGAUAAUAAUACGAAUGAUAUCAUCCAUUUCUUGUUUAAGUGGAACGUCUACAUUGAUUUCCGUUCGGGAGAGCCCAUUUGGAACUUCGAGAGAAUGAUGUCCGAUGGGCAAAAUAUUCACAAUAUCGGAAUGGAGUACGAUGAUCUCAUAAACACUGUCGCUCUUCAGGAAAACAUCGUCUUCACGGAUCCGAAUGUUAAAAGCUAGUCAGUUCACAGACAGAGUCACUCAGAUAAUGUGACCUCUUUCAGUUCGAACCCAUUCUCUUUCUUGAGAAUCCACCAGGCUGACAAUCGGAUGCUCCAUAACAUCAUGAUGACCAUGCUUAAGAAUGUCCGACAAGAGAUGUCCCAGCUGGCUCCGCACCGCUUUGACGGCUUCUCGAGCAUCGACUACAUCGGACCGCGCAUUGUGGAACACGGCCCCAACGGUCCGACCGUCACUGAUAUCGCCGAACUUCAGUACCGUCCGAAGGAAGUCGUCAUUUGUGAGUAUCCACUUUUUACGCUCAAAAUCCGAAGACUCUUUUUCCAGACAACCCGCAUGCCCGUCGGGACGAGAGAGUCAUCAUCGUCUAUUUUUUGCUGUUCGCCUUCCUCUGCACAAUGGUCUUCGCUCUCCUGCAUCUCAGAAGAUACCACGACGCCGUCCAGGUGAGCACAGCCAUUUUCCUACUCGACGCUUCUAUUUUCGCUCAGAGAUUCCAUCUCCACCGUGCUGCACUCGCUCGCCAACGUCUCACUGAUGAUGACUUGGAAAGCGGCCAAUGGGCGAAGAAGAUUCCGCCUGGAACUGCUCCGCCGAGCUACUCUUCUCCAGAGAAAUAA